AUGGCUUCUGCUUGCCAUGUUCGAUCCAUCAGCUUGCCAUCAAGGCCUCACCAGUCUACACUAUACUUUGAUAUUCAAUUGGAGAGGCUGAGAUCUUUACAAUCAACAUCUUCAUCAUUUAGUUUGAGUGGUUAUAAGGAUUUGAAGAGAGGAAGUGAAUUAGUUGAAGCUUAUAUAGCUGUCAAGAAGCAGCUGAGCAAAGAAGUGUGCAAGUGUUUGAGAAACCUUAAGAGUUCCCAGAAGAAGACCUGCAGCAACUCCCAAGAUAAAGAUUCCAUCAUGAUUAAUGCUCUUAGACAGCCUGAAGAGGCAUGCCUUGACACUUUCGAGUCUUUCUUGGCAACGAUUGCCUGCUCUAAACCAAAGACCCAGAGAUGGUCUUUGGUCUCAAAAUUAGUGCGUUCGAAAAGGGUUUCCUGCAAAGAGGGAAUCAACAGGAUUAAUGGCAUAGAGAGGAUGGAAGGAGAAAUCAUGGGUUCGAGGUCAAACAAAGACAUUACUGGUGGGCAGUUGAAGAAUUUGUUGAAAGUGAAAACCAGAGUUUCCAUUCUUAAUAUCCUCAGCCAUUAG